AUGCCUAAAGCCACGGAUCUGCCGAACCUCAAUCUGACUGCCUCCAUACGGAAUGUCAGUGAGCUUGACGAAGGCAUACCCGGCUUGAGCCCUUACUCUACUGGCUCACGAACUCCUCGUUCAGCCCCUAGCUCUCCUCGAGUUCCAUCCUCCGAUGUUCCGUCCAUCAUGCACCAGGUGAAUGGGCCAUCAAACCCCGAGAUAAAGACCGAGAGCAAUGGCCACACUUCACCGCGAAUCACUGCCAUGCCUGAUCUACCGCCCUCUCCAACCAGCGCUCAAGCGACCCUGAAGCACGGAAGGGAACCUUCAAAAUCCUUCUUCUCGAAUUUGAUGGCCUCAAAAUCCUCCCACAAACUUCAUGCGUCCGAGACAAGCCUACCAGACUCCGCAGAAAAGCUCAGCGCUCGUAGUAGAGCAAGCUCAAAAGAUCGAUCGCUCCACUCGGUACGUCGACAGGGCUCUACGCCAGAACUCCCUCGAUACAAUAUGCCUACGAGCCAGGCACAGACUGCGCCCUCGCUCCGCGAAUCGGUCAUGAGCAAUAAUACACAGGAGUUGACUCAGGGACCCGGCCAGGCUGGCAAGAGAGGCAAAUCAAAGCUGGGGGGGAUGUUGACGAGAACAAAGACCCUACGAGGCGAAGAGAAUGCUAAGCAAAGGGCGGCUCCCCCUCCUCCUCUCAAUGUCGAGACCAACAGUGCCCCAAGUCAAUCCGCAGAACCUCCCCCAAAAACUGCGCCCUUGAAGUCAGACCAUCGAGCCCGAGCAUUUGGCGGGUCCGAUGGCAAUACACCACGUAAUCGGUCUGCUGAUCGCACUUUGCACGAGGAAUUCAAGCAGCCCAGAAAAGACCAUAGGCAGACACAACACAUGCCCCUGUCUCAGUCAUUUCAAAGCGGUGGAAACUUACUUUCCAACAUCCAACAGACCGGUAAAGGCGUAGGCGAUCGACUGGGCAAGGCUGGCAAGGGCUGGUUCGGCAAGAUCACAAGGAGUGGGAGCAGCGUGGAGCGAGAUGCUCCGCCUCCCGAAGAUCAUGUUAUGCGCAACAUCAACUUGCCAUUGGUGAAACAAACGCGGCGUACGAGAAUAGCAAGGCGGCUUGAGCUUUCCAAGGACAAGACGGAAUUUUGGAUGCCAGCUUUGCCAUGGAGAUGCAUAGACUAUCUCAAUAUGAACGGUUGCGAAGAAGAAGGCCUCUAUCGGAUCCCAGGCUCUGGAAAAGAAGUCAAGUACUGGCAAAGGCGAUUCGACACCGAGUACGACAUCAACCUUUUUGAGGAACCUGAUCUGCACGACAUCAACACUAUUGGAUCCAUGUUCAAGUCCUGGCUGAGAGAGUUACCAGACGAGAUUCUACCGAAGGCAAUUCAGAACAGGGUAGCACAAGAGUGUCAGGGGGCUACCGAAGUACCUCAACUGUUCAAGGACGAGCUAUCCAAGUUGCCACCGUUCAACUACUAUCUCUUAUUCGCCAUUACCUGUCAUUUGAGUCUGCUGACCAGCUUCUCGGACAAGAAUAAGAUGGACUACCGGAAUCUAUGCAUCUGCUUCCAACCUUGUCUGAAAAUUGACGCGUUCUGCUUUCAAUUCUUGGUCAACGAAUGGAAAUCUUGCUGGCAAGGUUGCUGGACAGAGAAGGAAUAUCUCGCCGACGAGUAUCGCUACGAGCGCGAGGGCUCAAUCAACGAGAGCGAGGACCUCGCAGUCGAUGAUCGAGGAGUGAGCUCCAGCGACAGCAGCCAGCAUCAGCCAUCCCACGCUCCACAAAGCCAGCAGUUGUCAGAUCUCCCGCAGUCAGCCGCGUCCAACCAUCGGGACACCAUGAAGCCAACGGGUCUUCGCAAGUCCAACUCGAAGAAACACAAACCUAGAAGCCUCUCGCAUACGGAAGUGCGAAAGACCUCUGGCACGAGUAACCACACACCCGCCAACAGUGCUCCCAGCGUGCCGCGAGUGGUCACAACGCCCGAGCCUCAAAGGAUCCCAGCCCCUGACAAGCUGCCGGAAGUGACCGGCCUGAGCCCAAUCAGGAUGUGA